UCUCUCUCGUCGCCGCACUGCCUGCGUAGACCAUUCCCGUUUGGUUUUUCCACGAACACAGCCGUUUCUGUAGGUUGUAGUUACUGCACGCCCGAUGGCUAAUACACCAAGAACGGUGGUGGCCUCCGCGCCGUCACCGCCCGGCUGCUCCUCGUUGGCGUUCAUGCCGCCGCCGCCGUCGCCGUCCGACGGGGAGCUGCUAAGGUCGCUGCACCGCCUAGCGCGGGACUUGUCCUCCGUCGCCGAGACGCCUGCGCCGUUCCUGCGCGCGGCGCUCGCGUCCGUCUCCAGGCGCUCCAAGCUCCUCGCCACCGCGUUCGACGACCUGGUGAUGUGCACGGCGGGCGACCUGCCGCGGUCCGCGUCGCUGUGCCUGCGCGAGGUGCUCCUCGUGCUCCAGCGGUUCAAGGCCGUGGCCGCCGACUGCGCGGCGCGGAGCCGGAUGCGGCUCCUCCUGCAGUCGGACGAGAUUGAGGAGGAGGUGCGGGAGCUGCACCAGGACCUGGCCACGCUGCUCGACCUCCUACCCGUCGUUGAGCUGGGCCUCGCCGAGGACGUGAUGGACCUCCUGGCCCUCGCGUCGCGCCAGUGCCGGCGGUUCGCGCCGGCGGCCGAGGCCGAGCAGGAGCUCAAGGUCAGAGUGCUGACGCUGAUACAAGAAAUUGAGCGGGAGAUCGUGCCGGAGCGGGAGAGGCUGGAGGAGAUCCUGGAGGAGGUGGGCAUCAACGGUCCAGCGAGCUGCUGCGACGAGAUUGAGGGCCUGGAGCGAGAGAUUGGCAACCGCGCCUCCGAGAAAUGGACACCCACCAUGAUCGCGCUCGUCGGUCUACUCCGGUACGCCAAGUGCGUCCUGUUCAGCGCCACGCCCCGGCCUUCAGAUUCCAAGCCGGACCCCGAGGUCGACGAAGAAGUGGAGCCGCCGGCGCCGCCGCCGGACUUCCGCUGCCCCAUCUCUCUCGAUCUUAUGCGCGACCCUGUCGUCGUCGCCAGCGGCCAGACCUACGAACGCGAGUCCAUCGACAGGUGGUUCGGCUCCGGCAAGUCAACAUGCCCCAAGACAGGGCAGGCCCUCGCCAAUUUGGAGCACGUGCCGAACAAGGCUCUCAAGAACCUCAUCGCCAAGUGGUGCCGCGAGAACAAGGCUCUCAAGAACCUCAUCGCCAUGGAAGGCAGCGAGGCCAGCAAAAGCGAGCCAGCACAGGCGGUGGCCGCGAACAAGGCGGCGCUGGAGGCGGCGCGCAUGACCGCGUCAUUCCUUGUGAAGGAGCUCUCCAUCUCCUUCUCCCCUGACGCGGCCAACCGCGUCGUGCACGAGAUCCGGCUGCUGUCCAAGUCCGGCUCGGACAGUCGCGCGUUCGUCGGAGAGGCCGGAGCCGUCCCGCUGCUGGUGCCGCAGCUCUACUCCGGGGACGCCGGGCUCCAGCUCAACGCCGUCACGGCGCUGCUGAACCUCUCUAUCCUCGAGGCCAACAAGAAGCGCAUCAUGCACGCCGAGGGCGCCGUGGAGGCGGUCGCCCAUAUCAUGAGCUCCGGUGCAACGUGGCGCGCCAAGGAGAACGCGGCAGCCGCCGUGCUCAGCUUGGCGUCGGUCCAUACAUACCGCCGCCGGCUAGGCCGGAACCCAUCAAUCGUGGAAAAUUUAGUGCAUCUCGUGCGCACCGGCCCGACGAGCACCAAGAAGGACGCAUUGGCCGCCCUGCUGUCACUUGCCGGCGAGAGGGAGAACGUCGGGAAGCUCGUCGACGCCGGCGUCGCUCAGGUGGCCUUGUCCGCGAUCAGCGAGGAGGAGACCGCGGCGGCAGUGCUAGCCGCACUGGCCAAGCGCGGCGGCGCGGAGGCGAUCGUCAACAUCGACGGCGCCGUGGCACGGCUGGUCGCCGAAAUGAGGCGCGGCACGGAGUGGGCCAGGGAAAACGCCACGGGCGCGCUGGUGCUCCUGUGCCGACGCCUGGGCGCGCAGGCCGUGACGCAGGUCAUGGCAGUUCCCGGCGUCGAGUGGGCCAUAUGGGAGCUGAUGGGCACCGGCACGGAGCGCGCGAGGCGGAAGGCCGCGUCGCUCGGCAGGAUAUGCCGUCGGUGGGCCGCCGCUUCGGCCGCGGACGGCGAGCGGGGAAACGUGUGCCCCGCCGCCAGCGUGGUGCCUCCGGCCAUGAUGGCAUCCUAAACUCAUCGCGCAAGCGCAUUGCCUGAUAGGAUAAGCUCAGAAAAAGAGAUUUUUUUUCCCCCUCUUCUCAAUCUUCUUGUACAAAGUUUGCUUAUGCUGUCACGAUUCUUUGAUCAGAGAGAGAUAAUGGUGAGUGGUUCAUCAACUGUGCAUACGGGGCUCUGUCAGCUUGUACCCAUGUCAUUUUUCUUCCAUUUGUACGGAAAUUUUUACUCUU